GACAACACACAACCAUGUUCAAGAAUACAUUGGGCCCGGUGUCUAUAAUAAGAAGAUGUUUAAGUACUUCAUCACCUGUACUUGAACAAACCAGCUCCAAGGCCAACAAACAUGCCAAAUUGUUAUCGAAAUACUAUACACCAGAUUUACUCAAGUCGAUUCAAAUCACAGAAUCGCUUGUUCAACCAGAAGAGCUCAUCAGUUUAAAACUUGCUGGUGGCCGUGCCAGAUCCAAAGUCGCUCCUUCAAACGAGCGUUCCGACUAUUCCAUGUCUGAUCCAGCCUGGGACGAGCCAAUACUAUAUCCUAACCAAGCCGGUUCCCGCACGCCAUACCCACCUAUCCCUAAUGUCAAUUCUCCAGAUGACACAGGGUUGAUUUUGAAGUUCGACAAGGCUGUAAGCGACGAGCCUAGAAACCAGAGUAAGAUCAAGAGAACCAGUGAGAUUGCCAAGGAGUUAUCGAAGUUGUUGAAUAUGGACGAGGCAUACCUUAGAAGCUUGGCUGUUCGUCCCUUGGUGAUGAGACGAGUGUCGCACAAGACCAAUAAGGGAUCCAUUCCGGGUUUCUUUGCCUUGACUGUCGUGGGUGAUCGUAAUGGGUCACUUGGGUUGGGUAUCGGUAAAUCCUUGGACGGUAUGAGAGUGGCUGUGAGUAAAGCCCAUUGGAAUGCUAUCAAGAACUUGCAACCUCUUAACUUGUACGAAAACAGAACCAUUGUUGGUGAUUUCGAGUCUAAGUUCCAUGGUGUCAAGAUGAGAGUCAGAUCUGCCCCAGAAGGUUCUGGUCUCAGAGUCAACCAUAUCAUUUAUGAAAUAUGUCAAGCUGCUGGUAUCAAGGACUUGGGUGCUAAAGUGUACAAGUCGAGAAACCCCAUGUUAAUUGCUCAAGGGUUUGUCAAGGCUUUGGGUCAACAACAAAGUAUUGAAGAAUUGGCUGCUAGUAGAGGAAAGAAGAUUGUUGAUAUGAGAACAGUUUACUAUUCUCAAUAGAACUGCAUGUAAAUAGUGUAUCUGAACAUAACUUGUAAC